AAAAAGAAUAAAUAAAAUUCUAUAAAAUAAAGUCAAUUUGUAAUAAAUGUUUGAGUGCAGCUUAUUUAAAAUGUUCAAUAAUUCACCUCACAUAUUCCAGUUCAAUUUUACUUGUGAAAGUCCAGUGUUGACAGUUUUCAGUUUCAUCUUCAUUAUGACUACUUCAGAUGUCUAGCCUUCAUCUGAUUCAGUCAGCCUGGAAAACCCUGGAUCACACGCAAGUUUGUUACUUGAAAAGUGUAGAUAUUUAUCUUUGUAUUUAACCGGCUUGUGUACUGUAAGGUAGGAUCACCUUUGUUGGAAGCUUCAUUUCUACUUGAUAUGUUUUUAUCUGGCAGUGUUUUUAAAGGGCAGACUUUCUUUUGAGAAAUAUUUCAUCCAUUCGUGAGGAGAACAAACAGAUGAUGCAAAUCACACACAUUUGAUUUGAUAAAGGCUCCUCGUUGUCAUCAGACCACUGUGCAGUCUCCGGCUGCAGACAUGGAAGAAGACAGUCCACUGCUGAACAGAAGACCACCAUCAUCUGAAUCCAAGAUCAAUAACUCCAAACUGUUCCUGGCUGUCUUCUCGGCCGUCCUGGGGAACUUCAGCUUUGGUUACUCCCUUGUAUACUCGUCCCCGGUCCUGCCAAUUCUCCAGAGCCCCGAUGCCGACCCUCGGUUCAAGAUGGGCACGGAGCAGGCUGCCUGGUUCGGCUCCAUCUACGCACUGGGUGCAGCAGCCGGAGGGUUGGGAGUCAUGCUGCUCAACGACUUGAUUGGACGGAAGCUGAGCAUCAUGGUUUCUGCAGUGCCGUCGACUAUUGGCUACAUGCUGAUGGGAGGGGCUGUGGACCUGUGGAUGCUCCUUCUGGGCCGCUUCCUCACAGGUGUUGCCGGGGGGAUGACCUCAGCAUCAAUUCCCGUUUACAUCUCAGAGAUCUCCCACAAAUCAGUGAGAGGAGCGAUGGGCUCCUGCCCUCAGAUCACUGCUGUGUUUGGAACCCUGGCACUCUACAGCAUGGGUCUGGUGGUACCGUGGCGGUGGCUGGCAGUGGCGGGGGAGGUGCCAGCUGUGCUGAUGGUUGUGCUGCUGGCGUUCAUGCCCAGCUCCCCCAGGAGGCUCCUCGCUCUGGGCAGACAGCAGAAGGCCGAGAAGGCCCUCCGCUGGCUGAGGGGAAAACACUAUGACAUACAAAUCGAGCUCAGUGACAUACAGCACAGCAUCAACACACAGGGUAGAGUCUCAUGGUCACAGCUGGUCACUCCUGAGUUUUACCGGCCAAUCCUCAUCUCCGUGUUGAUGCGCUUCCUACAACAGAUGACGGGCAUCACGCCCAUCCUGGUAUACCUGGAGACCAUCUUUUCCCAAAGCAAAGCCUUCCUGCAGCCCAGGUAUGACGCUGCCAUUGUGGGAGCGGUCAGCCUCUUUUCCAUUGCUGUGGCAGCCAGUUUAAUGGACAGGGCAGGACGCAAAGCCCUGCUGUACAUGUCAAGUCUGCUGAUGUUCCUGUCCACUCUGACUCUGACCAUUGUCUCCCACACCACACCUUGCCCUCCAGGCCCCGCCCCACCUAAUCUCACUGUGAGUUUGGACUUCAGCUCCCAUAAUGCCAUUGGAAAUGCUUUGGAUGCCAGCCACCAAACUGCAGCAGGCCUCAUUCCUCUUAUCAGCACCAUGGUGUUUAUAUUUGGAUAUACCAUGGGAUGGGGCCCAAUCACAUGGUUGCUGAUGUCGGAGGUGUUGCCGCUGGCUGCCAGGGGCGUGGCUUCGGGUCUCUGUGUGACUGUCAGCUGGUUGACAGCCUUUAUGCUCACAUACGUCUUCACACACCUGGUGGACAGGUACGGCCUGUACGUGCCCUACCUGUGUUUUACGGUGGUGUGUGUGCUAUGUCUGCUGUUCAAUGCAGUGUGCAUCCCAGAGACUCGCGGCCGCUCACUGGAGGAAAUAGAGAACUAUUUCAGGACAGGACGAACGUUCACCAUCAACAGGAGUCAUUCGACUGCACAGACAAGCUGAAGCCUCAAUGUUAAAGAUCUUAGGAAGAGGAUGUGUGUUGUGCAGGGUGGAAAGCCCUCUGAGCAAAGGACAUCUAGAAUAAAGACUCAGCACAGAUGGACCAUGUUGUGCUGAGUGUAAAAAACAAUUAACAUUAAGUGAACUCAUUUGAUGCUUAAAACUGUAUUUAUACCAUUGUUAUACAAAAUACACCCUUCUGAUUGGCUGUCAGAUAACAUUUACUCAAGUACUGUACUUAAGUACAAUUCUGAGGUAUUUGAGUAUUUCUAUUUUAUAAUACUUUACACUUCUACUCCCCUACAUCUUAAAAUAAUUAACUUUUCAAUCCACUACAUUUAUUUUAUAACUUUAUUUACUUCGUGGGUUGAGAUUAAGUAAUACAACAUUUAUUCAACAAAUAAAUGAUGAUAUAUUGGUACAGAUUAAGAUAAGACCUUUUUGAACCCUGAGGGAUACCCAGCAGUAUAUAAAGAAAAUCAGCCACAGCAUUGAAGUUAUUUACACAUUAAUGCAUCAAUAAUUAUAAUACAAUAAUAUAAUAUGCAUUAUUCUGAAAUGGGCUUUUCUGCAUAAUAAGUCAUUUUACUUUUUGAACUUAAAGUAUAUUUUGAUGCCAAACUUGUAUUAUUAUUACUCAAGUAAAACUUUGGAUGCAGGACUUUUACUUGAGUAUUUCUACACUGUGGAAUUGCUACUUUUAAUUCAGUAAAAGAUCAAGUAAAAGUACUUCUUCCACCACGGGGCAGGUUAUAUAUCAUACAUCACACACCUCAAACAUAAAUGGGGUCAUUUUAACCACUGAUGUACACUCAAUGUACAAACAUGGCAACACUGAAACUAAAAUAACAGGGGUGAAGUGCGUAGGUACAAACACCUCUAAACACUGCCUCCCUUUUCCUCUAGUGAGCGACCAUGGAGUUCGUACAUUAAUACACUCUGACAUUCCUGAAAGCAAUAUGCACUGUAUACUUUGUUCAGCUCUUUUUUUGAAAACACAUUUUAUCAUUUAUAUUUACAAAAAUCUAUUUGAGCAUUUCCUGCAGCCGGUUGUUGCCUAGUUAUUACCUAUACUCCAACAAUAUUUUUGUCUGUGUUGUAUUCAUGCAUUUAAAAGUCAACAUCUGAAUAUUCUGAUUGCAUAAACUACUGCGCUUGUACUAAAAACUACCACAGCUAGUCUCUCUGCGUCAGGUGGGAUCCAGCGCACACAAAAUGAUUUGUUCUGCACAGCAGGAGAAAUCAUUUACUAUUAGCUUAUCAUCAUUGACAUACAAGAGUGUCACCUACAUAAACUUCAGAAAAUCUUGCAAAGAAGACAACACAAUGCCGUGUGCAGUGCAAAAACGCCACAGCGAUGAACACCACGUUUGAGUUUCUUUAGGCGAUGCUGGUUUUUUUUCUUAUGUUAUGAUUGACAACAGACUUCAAAACUUCCGUCUCAUCUAAAUCAGUGUUCUGACACACACGGGUGGCUGAGCAGGUCAUGUCACAUGCCACAGUGCGCUCUCAUUGUCUGACUCACAGCCGUGAAGUUGUUGCCUCCCCAUCUUCAUCUUCUCUAGUAGCAGGACUCAUCUCAAGAACUUUUAAAAUACAUUUUAUUUAGAUUUUUCCAUUCAGAGGAAUAGGUCAAACUUGGGACGCAUCUUUAUGUUGCCAAAUGACGGCAGUUAUCUGUACAGUUACAUAUCACUGUAUACGUCUGUCACAGUAUUGAAUUGUACCCAAUUUUACAUAAAUAAAUAAAUACGAAUGCAUAACAUACCAAUUAUAAGGGAUGGGUAGCAAUGAUUGUGUCACUGGUUUGCCAAAGCAAGGUAUAGUGCAGUAUGUCAUCCUCUAGGUUUGUGUGUAUGGUUCAAAAUUGCUGUUUUGUGAGAAAAUGUUAUUUGUAAGUGCAUCCAAUAAAUUGACACAUGGCCACUAAAA